AUGGCUCUACCUCACAAUGUACUUGCAUUUGUGUUUGGAAUCAUGGGCAACAUCAUAUCAUUCGUCGUGUUCUUGGCCCCAGUGCCGACUUUUGUAAGGAUAUGCAAGAAGAAAUCUACGGAAGGAUUUCAGUCUCUUCCUUAUGUUUCAGCGCUCUUUAGCGCGAUGCUUUGGAUUUACUACGCUAUGCAAAAAGAUGGCUCAGGCUUCCUUCUCAUCACCAUAAACUCUGUUGGAUGCUUUAUUGAAACCAUCUACAUCAUCCUCUUCGUAACCUAUGCUAACAAGAAAACUAGAAUAUCUACUUUGAAGGUUCUUGGGCUGUUGAACUUUUUGGGUUUUGCCACCAUUGUUCUUGUCUGCGAGCUCUUAACCAAAGGAUCGACACGUGAGAAAGUUCUUGGAGGGAUUUGCGUUGGAUUUUCCGUCAUUGUUUUCGCAGCUCCUUUAAGUAUCAUGAGACUUGUGGUACGAACAAGAAGUGUGGAGUUUAUGCCAUUCUCUUUAUCGUUGUUUCUUACACUUAGCGCCGUCACGUGGCUCUUCUAUGGUCUUGCUAUUAAAGACUUCUACGUUGCGCUCCCAAAUGUGUUGGGCGCGUUCUUAGGAGCAGUUCAAAUGAUUCUCUACAUAAUCUUCAAGUACUACAAAACUCCGGUGGCUGAGAAGACGGGGAAACCGAAAACGGUGUUCGAUCAUUCCAUCGACAUAACCAGGCUGACCAACGUUAUGCCCGGUCCAAUUUCGGACUCAGCGGUUUAUCCACCGCAUGCUAGUAACAAUGUUCCCGAGACUCAGAUUCAAGUGACCGAGCUUAAGAGCAAGAACUUGACCGCUCAAAAAGAUCAGAACAACAAGGGUGUCCAGAACCAAAACCAAGUUUGA